AUGUCGCCGCCCCCAUCAAUGCCCUAUACUGUGGUGGAGGUCGACAGACUUCAAGUGAGCGUUCCUUCGAUUCUUGAUGACUGCUUCGAAUUUAUCCUUGAUCAGGGCUUGACAAAAGGUAUUUUCAGGGUCAGCGGGUCUGUUCGCAGAAUGAAGAUCAUCUCCAGCGACUACUCUCAGUACAAAACAUGGCUCUAUGACGAGAAAAAGCCAGCUGUUCAUGAUGUGUGUGGCAUCAUCAAAAAAUAUCUCGGUGAAUACCUAGACACCAUGCACGGACUUUUCAAUCCGCAGCUGCUCACACUUCUUCGUCGUCAGUUUAACGCUCAUCGCAGAACCGGCUCCGAUUGCAGCAUCGAUUCUUACAAAAGUGCAAAUACCUCGUUUGGUUCUCUGCUGUUAUCUUCUGUACCCGAGAGCGAUGAAGAAGAGAGCUCUUCCAAAUCUGUGCGUGAUCCAAACGUUCUCCUAGACUCCAUCGCUCACACAUUGGUCACCAAAAACAUCACCUCUAAGAACAACUUCUUCAUCUACUUGCUAUACAAGCUCAAGCAGUUAUCGCAACACAAAGAGGCCACAAGUAUGACCAUUGACAAUUCUUCCAUCAUUUUUCAACCUUAUAUUUUCAAUACUGCCAAUGUCUCUGACUUGCGUCCCCUUCAGGAUCUCCUCACGUUUUUGGUAGUACACUUCGAUCAGCUUCUUCAAAAAUACCAAUGCUAUAUCUCGAUCUUGGGCGGUCUCGAGGAGUUGGAUCUUGACAACAUCUCGGUGUCGUCAUCUGAGGGCCACGCGGUGUCCCCAGCUACCGUUUACUCCGAUAACAGUUAUACCCCACGUCACAACCAAAACUUCUCCGAGGGAAACCCAAAGAGGAAGUCUUCAUUAUCCCAACGAUUUAGCGUCUUUCUCGACAGCUAUCACCUACCAGCUAAUCGUUCCAAAAGACUAUCAUUCAACUUCAGCUCAAAACAGAACUUGGAAGAUAAGGCUGGAUCUUCUGACAACCUUCGUAAUUCUUCCCACCAAGCCCUGUCCAUGGACACUGAUUUUGCGUCUUCGAAUGAAGCCGAGAAUUUUGCUGUUAAAAGCUAUAGUCGCACGAGUGGUGACAUUCUCACACCUCCGGCUGAUGACAGUCUCGGUUUCAAUACCAACCAACAAACCACAAAAUACCUUCAACCCAAUGUACAAUCGCAGGUGUCUAAGAGGCCGCCAUCAGCACAGAAGAAGUCAAACAACAGCAAAAGGAGGAGUUUGAUCACCUUAUUCAAGUCGUCAUCUUCUGUUUACGACAAUGAACAAUUUUCAAAAGAGGAGCUUAGUGUGCCAUCUCCAGCACCCUCCCCAAGAACACCCGUAGAGGGAGAGUUUUCGUUUCUUAAAUCGAAACAUGCUGCCUCACUAGACAAUCUAAUACCGGAUAGCAACGUCAAAAUGGCAGAUGACUGGAAACCGGUUGGGAGAAAUUUGUCUUUGCGUCUUUGUGGCCGCAAGUGUUGA